ACGGAUGUGUCACGCGUGAUGGGCGGGACCUUUGCGCACAGUGGGGUCAGGGGCCCCUUCAGGUCCGCGGGGCUCUGGCGAUGAACGACUCGCAGACACAUUUUCACAAUUCAGCCUUAAAACUUCAUCCUGCGGUUUCUGCGUGUUUUCUUGCUCCGUGUUUUUUCCAGUGGGUUUGUGGGAACCCAGGAACUGAAGCGGCUCCUUGUGUCCGUGGCUGCGACGCCCACAGCGCGGAGCUGAGCGGGGGGAGAGAGAGCGGAGCUUUGUGAAUGACGGGAGCAGAAAACAAACUUUACGCUUUAUUCCCUGCAGCCUGCCUCCAUGUUCCCUCCCGGACCAUAAAGUUCGGAUGUUUCGGAGCCGCCGCCGACCCGGAGGAGCCCGAAGCUGCUGUGCCGUGGAAGCUUUCCAGAAAAGUUAUAGAAGAUGUUUGUUACUUUAUGGAUCUGUUUGUACCUGCUGGUGAUGGUCGGUGCAGACCCUUGCCUCAUCAUCAGCGAGAUCAACGCUGAUAACCCUGGACUGGACACCACCGAGUUUGUGGAGCUCUACCACACCAGUGGACAGCGAGCCUCCCUGGACGGCUACACCCUGGUGUUUUAUAAUGGCAAAGGGAACGUGGCCUACAAGGUUCUGGACCUGAAGGACCACAGCACGGACGACAGAGGUUUCUUCCUGGUCGGUUCCCUGGACCUGGUGCCCAAGCCGGCCAUCCUGCUUCCCCCAAACACGGUCCAGAACGGCCCGGACGCCGUGGUCCUCUACCGCAGCGCCGCCGCCCGCUACCUGGAGAAGAUGAACGUCACGGCGGUGGGGCUGGUGGACGCCGUGGUCUACAUGACGCGGCGCUCCGGAGGAGCCGAGUUCCUGGCGGAGGUCCUGACGCCCGGGGAGCCGGCGUUUGUUGAAGACGAAGCGGCGCACGAGGCGGACGAGUCGAUGGAAAGGUGUCUGCUGUCGGACGACCAAUGGGGCUUCCGGGUGUCGCUGCCAUCUCCAGGUCAGCGGAACAACUGCACCCCGCCGGCCGCGCCGCUGACCACCCCCUUUAUUAACGAGCUGAAGCUGGGCAGCGGACAGGUGGACGGGUCGGUGGAGCUGACGGACGCCUCGGCUGCAGGGCCCGUUGUGCUGGUGGUGUGGGACGGGAAAACAGACAAGGUUAGCGUUAGCAUGGACGUGGACACCUCCAGGAAUGGACUCAACUUCAUGACCGUCAACAAGAAAUUCAUGAAAGGCGAUGAGUCUGGCGCUGUGGCUAUUUACAGCGGCGGCGCUGCAGACUUCCCGGUGGGGAGUCCGCUGAGGCAGACGCAGCCUCUCGACGCGUUCGUGUUCGCCGGGCCUGGAAACAAGCCGAGCUCCAACCUGACGGAGACGCUGAUCCCCGGCAGGCUGCCGUUCCAGCUCAGCACCAGUUUGCGAGAAGGCGGCUUCUACCUGAGUCGCUGCGGUGUGGCGACCUGGCCCAGAGAUCCCGGCACCUUCUGGGAGGCGCCUCAGACCCCCGGGCUGCCCAACAAAUGCCCCUGGCCCAAAAUCUGCCCCCACACCAUCUUGAUCUCUGGCGGUAUGGAUUCGCCGCCUCACCUGCCGCCGGGCAGCAGCGGCGACUUCCUGAUCAACGAGCUGAACACGGACACGCCGGGCGCGGCCGAGGACGGGGAGUACAUCGAGCUGUGGCACCCGUCGGGCCUGCGGGCCUCCCUGCAGGGGGUCUGGAUUCUGCUCUUCAGUGCGCACAACAACAAGCCGUACCGGGAGAUCAGCCUGAGCGGCCACUUCACCACCUCCAAGGGUUACUUCCUGCUGGGCAGCGACGGGCUGGCGCCGGCGCCGGCGCUCCGCCUUCCUCCCAACACCAUCCAGAACGGGCCGGACGCCGUGGCGCUGUACCGCAGCCCGUCCGGCCCGCCGUCGGCGGUCCAGAGGGGGAUCCCGACCCGGGGCCUGCUGGACGCCGUGGUGUACCGGCAGCGGGGGUCGGACAUGGAGGCGCAGGAGCUGAGCAAGGCGCUGACCCCGGGCCAGCUGCCGCUGCUGGAGGACCCCGAUGUCAUGCAAGGCGACGAGGCGCUCAGCCGCUGCGGAGGCCUCUACCCGCUGGACCUGUCGGCUUUCUCGGUGGCUCAGCCCACUCCUCUGCGGGAGAACAUCUGCCCCCGUCCUCCUCCGGCGCCGGAGGGCGUCGUCAUCAGCGAGGUGUCGAGUGCGCGCUGGAGCAACCACAGCCAGCAGGCGGGCUUCGUGGAGCUGCAGGGGCCCCCCAUGACGGACCUGAGGGGCCUGGUGCUGUCCGUGUUCGACCAGGACGCCGGCGGCUCCGCCGUCGCUCUCCCGCUCAGAGGCGUCAUCGACCAGAACGGCUUCUACGUCGUUGGACACGAAGAUGACGCAGAUCAGGCGUUUCCUGAGGGAACCUCGGUGCCGGCGCGAGGAGCCGCGGUUCUCUGCUACGACCUGUUCAGCGUCUGCAGGGCCGGAACGGCGCUGACCAACUCCAGCCUCAGAGACGUGCUGGUGUUCAGCGACAACCAGCGGCUGCUGUCCUCUCUGUCCACCAGCAGGGGGCGACAAGUCAUGCCUUCUGUCAGGUCCGUGGGCGGCGGUCCCGUCUCGCUCAGCCGCUGCUCCUGCUGUGAGGUCCGCAGCCCGUCGUCGUGGACCAGCUCGUCUCCGACGCCGCACAGCAGCAACGUCUGUCCAAGCUCCGCCUACUCCAGUCCGAUCGACCUCUGCCUCGGACCGCCGGCCAGCAGCCGGCAGGAGCAGCCGGGAGACUGCAGCGGUUUGAUGCAGGGAGCAAAGAUGGCGGAAGUGGCGCAUUACCUGGAGCAGAGGUGCGACUGCGGCAUCUCAGCUCUCCAUCUGCAAGGCACCAACGUUUCCUGCGUGUCCGGAUGGCUGCGUGUGCAGGGCAACAUCCAGGCGCUGUCCGACCACCAGAGGGCGCUCAUCAUCCAGACGUCCAGCGCGGAUUCCUCUGCUGCGCGGAGCGAGGCCUGCUCUCCUCCCAGCACCGGCCGCUACAGCGGAGCAGCGUCGGCUCUGGGUUUGCAGAUCGGCCUGAUCGUCGCCGUCCUGCUGCUGCUCGGACUCGGAGCGGCUCUGUUCACUUACCUCUACAGGAGGAGGCGUCCGUUGGACUAUUACACCAUGGAGCUGAGCGAACACGCGGAGGGCCUGUCAGAUCUAUAACCGCCGUGUUGCUGGAAGGCGAUCAGGGAAAGUCAUGGGAUGUUUUCAGGUAUUUGUGAGCGAGACGCUGCAGGCGGAUCCCCGAUGGAAAUGACUGUAAUUGUUCAGCAGGGAGCCGCGCCGCGCCGCGCAGCGUUUUCGGCUCCAGAUAAUAACGUAGUUUUCUAAAGACGGAUGUGCGACUCUGUGAAACUGCUGGUUAUCGAUUGUAAGGGAAAUUCAGGAGGAAGAGGGAACGCGUUUUCUUAUUACUGAAGUCCUAAAUACUCAUUUGUUGACUUGUUUGUUCCACUUUUUAAAUCAAAACAACUUUACUUUGGAUCAUUUUUGCUUGAAGCUCCUAAAUAAUCCUGGUUCUUAAAAACGGUCGGGUUUAUUUUGAUCGUUUGUCCCUUAAAUGUGAAUGGCUGAAUGUGCCUGUAACCACUCUCUAUGUUCUGCUUAAAGCAAAUUGUUUACACUUUCCUAAUUGAGAAUUUGAAGAAAAAUGAUCCUAAAUGAGGAAUGUUUGGAAAUUACGUUGUUUUUGUCUUGAGAACCGAAUCCCUGAUGUGUUUUAUUGGGAUGCAUCGAUUGCUCUGCUGAUUAUCGGAAUCUGACGAUUUUCCACCUUGAAAAAAAAUUAUGAACGUUCAUAAUUUGAACUUUGAUUGGAGAAAAAUCUUUAUGAAUUAUUGAUCUUUUUAUUUUUUUAAAUACAAAAGUUGGGUGAACAAGUUGUUUGUAUUUCUGUUUACAAUAAACAGAAAACCUGGAGCUAUAAACACUCCGCCCAGCAGGGGGCAGACUUCCCAACUGGAACCACUGCUCUCUAAAACCUGACUAUUUAUCUCAUAUGUAGUUUUUUUUAAAGUUUGAGUCACAUGCAGAAAUCUUCAUUGCAGUCUGCGGCUAAAGCUAACUAGCUGCUAAUAUAGCUUUUAUGGCUAGCUAGCCAGCUAGCGAGCUUUUUCAAGUCCAUAAUGGGUAAGUGCAAAUUUAUCACCAAUUCGUCAUCUUUUGUACAAGUCUUAAAUUUCAUUCCCAAUGGUCUUAAAAAGUCUUAAAUGUGAGUUGGUGAAAUUAUAACAUUUCAAAUUUGAUUUAAAAGUAACUUUAUUGAUUAAUAACCCUCAUUGUCCUUAUUGUUGAGUCUCAGAAGAAGACAAUAGUUUUCCUGCAUGAAACUUGUUCUUUGUUGAUCCAGUAAAAAAUUUUUAAAGCAACAAAUUAAAGUUAUAGAAUCAAAUAAAAUCAACUUUUUAAAUGUUUCCAUCAUGUUGCCCCCAGACGCAGCUCCUCCCCCCUCAGCUUGUGCUGAAUUACACAGUUAAAUUUGAUAUAUGAAGCGUCUUUAUAACAAGUGAUAACAAUACUCACUUCUUUAUACAUGAACUUAAAUGUUGAAUUCAGUCAGAAAAAGCAUUUUGUAGCUUUUGAAGGGAAAUCUCGAUUAUGUAAUUCUACAAAAAUCUACAGAAAUCAAAAAUCGGCCCAGCAGCUGCAAUCGGUGCAUUUCUACUCAGAAACUUAUCGUCCAAUUAGCCGAUCUUUUACUUACAUGUGGACUAUAGCUCUGUCCUCGUCUAAUAAGAUCCUAGAAAUGUUCAAUGUUUGCCUGGAAAACCGAAAUCUGUGCAUUUAUUUUAUUUCUACUGAAAUCUGAUCCGAAUGUCUCCAUGUUUCUGUUCCUCUGUUGAACCUGGGAAAUUAUCACAAAUCAGGCCUUUUCUGCAGUCAGUAUUUUGUGUAUAAUAGAAUAUUUUCUGGUAAACUUUAUUCUGCAUUUUUAUGAAACAGUGAAUGUUGUAAAUUAUAAAUAUUUUCUUUUUAAAAUGUCAUUUUUUUCCCAGAUUUUCUGCAGAUUAGAAGUUUUUGCUCAUUCAGCCCUAAACAGUCAUUAUAAGCUCUCGUUUUUCAGAUGUUGAAUAAAUUGACUCCCUGCAGCAGAAAAUGUCUCCAUGUCACUAAAAACACUGGAAAAAUGUUUUUUCAUUAUCAAAACAUAAAGUUUUCAUUUCCUCUCCAGUGUUUCACAUAUUAAACUGAAAUACCUUCA